GUGGGGCAGGAGCCCGAGGCCCAGGCCGCCGAGGCGAAGGAGGCCGCCGAGGCGAAAGAGGCCGAGGGCGACAAGGAGAAGACGCGGAAGGCGAAGGCGAAGGAAAGGGAGAAGGCGAAGGAGGAGAGGGAGCCGAGGUCCAAGGAGAAGGCCAGGCAGAAGCGCGCCCGCUCGGCCUCGUCCAGCAGCUCCUCCGCCGCCCGCCGCAAGGCGGCCGCCAGGCGGAAGCGUGGCCGAAGCAGCUCCAGCAGCGGAGCCAAAAGCCGCAAGGGCCACAGGGGGCGCAGCAGAAAGGCCAAGCGCGGCAGCAGCAGCAGCGGCGGGAAGCGGGCCGGCUCGACAUCGUCAUCGGGGGCGAAGCGCAAGGCGCGGAAGCGAGGCGAGAAGCCGAGCAAGAGAGCGAGGAGCAGAGGAACUUCCUCGGGCUCUGAUCGGCGAGGCAAGAAACGGGCUGGGUCCGAGAAGAGCUGA